UGAGGACUGAGUUACCGAAGUUGGACAGAAUACUGAGGCAAAUACAGGAGCGAGGUCCUGAUCCACAGGAAUACAUGAACAUUGCCCAAGGGUUAUUUGAGUUACCCACUCAACUGAUAGAUGUUCAACAGAAACACAUGGAGACUGCGGGCACAAACUGAAACACUGAGAGUGAACACGAUCCUGAUGAGGGAGAAGGUGAAGGUUUUCCAGCUGGUUGAUCGAUACGCUGAGCUCACGGUCAUUUCUACUGUUCGAGAUCGGAGACUGGUUGAACAUGAACUGAUGGCAAGAGGCAGAGACCACGAGAAGUGUAGAGAGAAACAUCUCCGCGGAGAGCUGGAAAAAAUCCGGAUUGAUCAGUUGUUCCAGAGCAGCUUUUCCCGGAGUAAUACCAAGCCUGCAUGUUCGGCAGCAGUGACCGGAGUCGCAGGUAUCGGGAAAACAACAAUGGUACAAAAGAUUGUUUACGACUGGGCCACUGGGAAAAUAUACCAACAGUUCCAGUUUGUAUUUAGUUUCAAAUUUCGGGUUUUAAACACCAUUAACUGCAGAAUAAACCUGAAGGAACUGAUUCUGCAUCAAUAUCCUUACUUUGGGAAUAUCCUGAGAGAGGUCUGGAAGUAUCCACAGGGACUGCUGUUUAUAUUCGAUGGUUUGGACGAAUUCAAUGAAAAAAUUGAUUUUGCUGACAGUCGGGGAGACACAGAACCUCAGUUCACAUGCACAGAUCCUGAAUACAAGUGCAAGGUGUCUGAAAUUGUGUACAGUUUAAUCCAGGGCAAGCUGCUCCCGGGGUGUUCAGUGCUGAUGACCACCCGUCCCACGGCGUUAGAUUUAUUAGAAAAGGCGAAGAUCAGUGUCUGGGCUGAAAUCCUGGGAUUUGUUGGUGAGGAACGGAAGGAAUAUUUCGUCAGACAUUUUGAAGAUCAGACGGUGGCGGAAGCUGUUUUCAAACAUGUGAAGGAGAACGAGAUCCUGUACACCAUGAGCUACAACCCCUCCUACUGCUGGAUCCUCGCUCUGGCACUGGGCCCUUUCUUCACACAAAGAUUCAGGGAACCACAGCGAAUUCCCAAGACCAUCACCCAACUGUACUCCUACUAUAUUUACAACAUCCUGAAAAACCACGGCCGUGAGAUUGAGAACCCCCGUGAUGUGUUUUACAGGGUUGGUCAGAUGGCCUUCAGUGGACUGUCCGAGAAGAAGAUUGUGUUUACAGAUGGAGAUUUGAUCAAGUACGAUCUGCAGCCUUCCCAGUUCCUGUCCGGGUUCCUGAUGGAGCUUUUAGAGAGAGAGGAUUCCGCUUGGAGUGUGCUGUACACAUUCCCACACCUCACCAUCCAAGAGUUUGUAGCUGCAGUCGCCCAAUACCUGAAUCCACAUCCCGGGGAUAUCCUGAUAUUCCUCACUGAAGCCUACAGCAUUUCAGAUGGGCAAUUUGAGGUAUUUCUCCGUUUUCUUGCUGGUCUCUCCAACCCAAUGACAGCUCGAAGCCUGGAGGAGUUUCUGGGUCCAUUUCCUCAUCAAACAACCUGCCGGGUGAUUGACUGGGUGAAGGAGGAGGUUAAACGCCGGAUUGGAAACACUGGGACUGAAGCUCGUAAAAGGAGCCUCCUGAACACAUUGCACUACCUGUUUGAGUCUCAGAAUCGUGGACUGGCUCAGGCCACACUGGGAUCUGUGGAAACGCUUUCAUUCAGUGGAAUGACACUGAACCCGAUUGACUGUGCGGUCCUGUCUCAUGCCAUCGGAUUCUGUGACACAAUAAAGCUACUCGACCUGGACAGCUGCCACAUUCAGUGUGAAGGAAUCCAGCCGCUGGGGCCAGGGCUGCACAAGUGCCGGAAGCUGACACUCUGUUAUAACAAACUGGAAGAUUCAGGAGUGAAACUGGUGUCUGAGUCUCUGAGGAACCCGCAGUGUAAAAUACAGAAACUGUGGCUGUGGGAAGUCGGUCUCACAGAUUCUGGUGCCGAGGAUCUCGCCUCCGCUCUCAGUACUAACCCAUCACUGACAGAGCUGGACCUGAGUCAUAAUCAACUGGGAUAUUCAGGAGUGAAACUGGUGUCUGCGGCUCUGAGGAACCCGGAGUGUAAAAUACAGAUACUGCGGCUGUGGGAAGUCGGUCUCACAGAUUCUGGUGCCGAGGAUCUCGCCUCCGCUCUCAGUACUAACCCAUCACUGACAGAGCUGGACCUCAGUCAUAAUCAACUGGGAUAUUCAGGAGUGAAACUGGUGUCUGCGGCUCUGAGGAACCCGGAGUGUAAAAUACAGAUACUGCGGCUGUGGAGUGUCGGUCUCACGGAUUCUGGUGCCGAGGAUCUCGUCUCCGCUCUCAGUACAAACCCAUCACUGAUGGAGCUGGACCUGGUAUUCAACUCGCUGACAGACCGAUCUGUCCCCGCUCUCCGCCACCUCAUACUGACCCUCCCGAGUCUGGAGCGGAUCUGGCUGGGGGAGAAUCGGUUCAGUCGGACUGGCGAGAAGGAACUGAGAUCUUUGCAGGAACCCAGACCCGGACUGAGAGUGGACUGUAAACAUCCGCGCCCGCGGGAUGGGGACAUUUUGGCUGAUUCCCCGCACUCCCCUUUAACUCCCCCUCCCCUUUAACUACCGCCUUUACCUGUAAUGGCCGCGCGCCGGGGGUAAUUCCCAACGGUUUUAAUGGAACCGACUGCAGUCCAGAGCUCAGUGUCAUCGGAAGCCAUCCCGCAUUGACGUAUUUCCGCCUGCUGUUCUGCGGCGCAGAUUCCGCCGGAUGUGCGGGGUCGAAACUCCCCCACCUGAGACCCCGGGGACUUACACAGACAGAAAAAGCCCGUAUUCCGGGCCUCAAUCCGGGACACCGGUGUCCCGGGGUGGGAUUAUCCCGGGAAAGAAUCCCUUUACUCCCUUUGCUGAGAACGAUGAAUUCACAGUCUGGCAGAUAUAAUGAUGUUAAAUGGACAAAUCCCUCGGCAGUGACCCUGAAUCUGCAGCGAUCUCGAAUACGGCCCUAAAUUGUGAUUUUAUUAUCAUCGGUACCCCGAUACAGAGUGACGCUAAAAGACGGGACUGAAUACUUAACCUGUCACUCGUUGUCGCCGGUCAGUUAAUUGUGUGUGACUGUGAGUGAGUCGGGAGUAGCUUAUUUAUUCCCGCACAUCAGCAGCUCACACAUUGUUUAAUUUACAUUUUUCAUGAUGAAGUCAAUA